CCCCUCGGCCCCGCAGCGGCCCCGCCGCCAGCGCCCGCCCGGCCCGGCCCGGCCCCGGCCCCGCUCGCUCGGUGCAGCCCCGCCAUGGCGGGCGGCCCGGCCGCGCUCGCCCUCGGUGUCCUGCUGGCCGCCUGCCACGCUCUGGACAACACCACAGCUGCUCAGAACGCCCCGGUGGCGGCGGCCGUGAGGUCGCACUUCAAUGAGUGCCCCGACUCGCACAGCCAGUUCUGCUUCCACGGCACCUGCCGCUUCCUGGUGCAGGAGGACAAACCCGCCUGCGUGUGUCACUCGGGGUACGUGGGCACACGCUGUGAGCACGCUGACCUGCUGGCCGUGGUGGCAGCCAACCAGAAGAAGCAAACCAUCACAGCCCUGCUCGUGGUGGCCGUGGUGGCCUCGGCUCUGCUCGUCACCGUCUGCGUCCUGGUCCACUGCUGCCGCCGCCGGAAGCGCUGCCCUGGCUGGUGCCAGCACGGAGCCGGCCCCGAGAAACCGGGGGGGCUGCUCGGGGGGGGCUGCUGCUGCCAGGGCCACACAGGUGUGUGACAGACCCGGGACCCCCCGGGGACCCCCGGACCAGCCCCCCCCAGCUGCGGAUCCUUUUUGGGGUUUCCCCCUGUUCCUCCUCGGCUCUUGGGGCGUUUUCCAGGGAUUUUCUCCCCCUUUCCCAAAUAUUUGGGUUUUAAACCAAAACCCCUGCCAGGAUGGGGCUUUAUUUUUCUACAGAGGAAAAAAAAAAAAAAAAACCCACACCUCGGCCCCAGCUCAUUUUUGGGGAAAAAUCCCCAAUUUUUUUUUAAUAAAAAAUGAAUUUAAAUCCCAGGAAACCUCCUCAGGCUGGAGCUCCAACCUCUGGCACAGCCUUAAUUUCCCCUUAGUAACCAACCCAGAGCUUUUCCCUCUGUUUUGGGGUUGUUUUGGGGUUUUUUUUGUUUUGUUUUUUUUUUUAAGUCAUGGUUACUCUCAUGUCUUCUGUAUAUGUUGCACUGAAAGUUAAUAUUUAAUGUUUUAAUUUAUUUCGCGUGGUUUAAAUUAAUUUUGAUUCCUAUAAAGAUGUUCUUGUCAUG